UUCAAUCCAUCCCAUCCCCUGCUUUUCCAACCCAAGGACCCUUCUCUGUUCUUCAAAAAUAUCCUCGCCAUCUCAUUAAUAACUUUUUUAGCGACCAUAUUUCUGACUUUCUAGCGACGAAAUUUAAAUUCAAAGGAAAAAAUGGAGUUGAUCAACGCGCUGCCGGAAGACUGCCUGUCCUCAAUCCUCUGCUUCACCUCCCCACAGGACGCCUGCCGUUCGUCAAAGGUCUCCCCCGAGUUUCAAUCCGCCGCCGAUUCCGAUGCUGUCUGGGAGAAUUUCCUGCCGUCCGAUUACCGGCGCAUUGUCGCCGAAUCCGUUCCCGCCCUCCAAUUCUCUUCCAAGAAGGAGCUCUACCGCAUGCUCUGCGAUUCUGUUCUCGUCGACGGCGGCCGUAAGAGAUUCAAGCUGGAGAAACAGUCGGGGAUGAAAUGUUACGAAUUGUCGGCGAGAGAUCUUUCAAUAACCUGGAGUAGUGAAUCCAUGUACUGGGCUUGGACUCCGCUUCCCGAAUCAAGAUUCUCGGAAGUUGCAGUGCUCCGAACAAUGUCGUGGCUCGAGAUCCAAGGCAAAAUCAACACUCAAAUGCUAACUCCCAACACCAAAUACGGAGCCUACCUCGUACUCAAAUUAUCCGACCGAGCUUUUGGUCUCGAUUUGAUGCCAUCCGAAGUAUCGGUUCAGGUGGGUAACAAAGAAGAGAUUCAAAACACAGCGUACUUAAGGCGCCAGAGAAAUAGCCACGUGGAGCUAAUGGAGAGACUGAUGUUUGGGCACCGGACAGAGGCGCUGAAGUCGAUGGUGGCCGGCGGUGGGGGAGAAGGGAGGUUGCCGGCGGAGAGGGAAGACGGUUGGUUGGAAAUUGAGAUUGGGGACUUCUUUACCGGGGAAGAGAGCGAGGAAGUGAAGAUGGGCUUGAAGGAAGUGAAGGGCCACCAUCUGAAAGCUGGGCUUAUUGUCCAUGGCAUUGAGAUCAGGCCCAAACACUGAUUGAAGAUAAUUCUUUUAUUUUUUUACCCUUAUUAUACGUUGUAAUUAGAAGGAAAAAAAAAGAACAUAGGUUCAAAAUAAUUGAUUCUUUAUUGCUUCAAGGAGUUUCAUGAAAUUAUCUCAAAAUCUCUUAUUCUGUUGUCCCAUGUAUAUAUCAUAAACGAUUUAUCUAAUCUCUUUUUAAAGAGUAUGUGAACAUGAUAUUAAGAGUCAACGAUAAUUUUACGAGUAAUAUCAUUUUGAUUAUCGGGACAAUUUAU